AUGUCAUUCGCAACUGUUGAUGCUACACCAGCUAGCAAUCAAGCCCCUCUCGGGCAUGGCCAAAACUCUAUCUCACAGGGCCAGAGCCCAUUCACAACUCAGUUUGACAAAUAUGUGGAAGCCCUGCUGGACGAAUGGAAAGUUGCGGGCUUGGCCAUUGGUGUUGUUGACUCUGGGCGUUCUUACACCAAGGCUUAUGGAUAUGCCCAACUCCCCAACGUGCCCGCUACCACCGAUACGUUGUGGUAUGUGGGCUCGACCACGAAAGCGCAAGUCGCAGCCACGCUCGCCCAGGUAAUUGACAACCAGACAUAUCCGGCUCUCUCCCGUGGGUGGGAAACUCCCAUCUCGUCCAUUAUCCGCGACGACUUUGUUGUCAGCAACGAGUGGGCCGCGGCACAUGUCACUCUCGAAGAUGCUGCGAGCCAUCGCACCGGCCUGUCCGGCCACAUCGAUGCCCUGCCCAACACGCUGAAUGAGACCAAUGCGACGGCGACUUUGCAAGAUAUCGUGCGUAUUGUUCGGCAUUUUCCCCUCACGUACGAACCAAGGACGAAAUGGGUCUACAAUAACUUCAUGUACGUCACGCUCGCCCACGUGCUCGAAACACUGACCGGCGAGCCCCUCCGCCAGACGCUGCAGAGGGUGCUGUGGGAGCCGCUCGGCAUGACCUCGACGUUUCUCAACCUGCGAGACGUGGACCGGUCCAAGCACGCCUCCGUCGCCAGAGGAUACUACUGGAACCGCGAGCGGCAAGAGUUUGGCGAGUACCCUCUCUGGGACGCCCCCGGCGUCAGCGGCGCCGGCACGGAGCUGUCCACCGUCGAGGACUACACAAAGUGGCUCGCGUGCCUCAUUGACGAAACGGCACCGCUGUCGAGAAGCGUGCACGCCGACAUUCGCAGGCCCAGGAUGAUUGUCCAGCCCGAGACGGAACCUCUGCAGGGCCUGGAUAUUAACCUGUAUGGCCUCGCCUGGCUGCGUACCACGAUCCACGGCCACGUGCUCCUUUAUCACACGGGGUCGACGGAGAGCCACGGUGCCAAUGUCGUCUGGCUGCCGGAGCUCAGAUACGGCCUGGUCAUCUUUCUCAAUCAGCCCAACGAGGUGCGACACGUCAUUGCGCGGAAGCUCAUAGAGGAUCGUAUCGGCACACCCGAGGCCAAUCGUUUCAACGUUUCCAAAUUCUGGAAAGAGAAGCUCGCUGCGUCUGAAAAGGCCAUCGACGACGCAAUCGACACCCUCUUCCCCGACCGGCCAAGCCCUCCACUGCCGUCCACCCACGCGCUCAACGCCCUGGUGGGCGAGUACCACCACCCGGGCUACGGCACGCUCCAUCUCCGGCUCGACGAGGCCAGUAAUCCCAGAAACGCUGCUGCCGCCGAGCGCAUUCUCGUGGCGGACCGCAAGAACCUGGCAUUCCCCGUGCAGUGGCGGUUCGAGCACGCAUCGGGCGACUACUGGGCCGUUUGGCGCUACGGCUACGUCGACACGGCGAGGCCGAGUGCUGCGUACGCGGCGCGCGUCGAGACGGCUGUGAAUGGCGCAGUCAAGAGCAUAAACAUGAAGCUGGCGGCGGAAGAAGUAGCCGGCAGGGUGCCUGAUGAGAUUAUCUUUUCUAGGAAGAGCUGA